AAACUCAAGGAGUUAUUUUGGAAGUUGUUUCCACGCAUAAAGAGCGACAUGCACUGAAACCGGACGUGGGAUUUAACGGAAAGAUGUUACCGCUUUUUUAAAGAGUGUUUUGGGGCCGACGGGGAACUCUCAGGACCUUGUAUUGUUGACCUACUAGCUCGGCAGCUAGCCCAGUUAGCUACAGGGCUUAUUGAGUUAAACUGGUCCAGAGGCCAGCUGAACUUCAUUCGCUCCAUUAAUAUUUUAUCUUAAGCUGCCAGGAAUCAAAACUAUCGUUUGGACAGUUUGGUGCCUCCUUUGGUUCCUGCCAUGGCUGACAGCAGCAUAGUGACUUUAGGGACGGCUCGGAGUCUGUUGGUGGAUUCCUCGGUCUAUGAUUCGAGGAUUGCUGAAACCACCAAGGACCAUGUAUUUCUGGGCAUGACAUGUGAAGAUGGGGAAGAUAUGCUGCCAAAAGUGGAGACGCGAGUUGUUGUGGUGGGAGAAGCAGGCAGAAAUGGAGCACUGGUCAAAGCACUACAGGCCAUCAGAGUAAUGGAGGUACCUGUGGUAAAGAUAAAAGAAGGCGAGGCGGGUACCGAGGAGAAAAUGAUGAUAAAAUCUAUAGUCAAUAUGGACAUCAACGCUCCGUUCAUAAUGACAGACAACGUCCAGGAGUUCGGAGAUGCAGAGAACACGGAUUUUGAGACGGUAUUCGUCCUCAAAGACUUUGACUCUCCCGACUACAGCUACCUCUACAAACGCGAUAACCGCAUCGUCGGGCCCCCCGUGGUGCUGCACUGUGCUGCCAAGGAGGAACCUCUACACUUCUCAUGUCGCCCUCUCUACUCCACCACCAUGCUCAACCUGUCGCUGUGUUUCACCGGCUUCAGGAACAAAGAGGAGAUGAAGAACUUGGUGAACCUGGUCCAUCACAUGGGCGGGACCAUUCGGAAAGACUUCAGCACCAAGGUUACUCAUCUCAUCGCGUACUCCACUCAUGGAGAGAAGUACAGGCUGGCAGUGUGCAUGGGGACUCCCAUCCUCACCCCGUCAUGGAUUCAUAAGGCCUGGGAAAGACGGGAUGAUGUGGGUUUCCAUGCCGGCGAAGAGGAGUUUCGCACAGAGUUCAAAGUGCCUCCGUUCCAGGACUGCAUCCUCAGCUUUCUGGGUUUCUCAGAAGAAGAGAAGGCCAACAUGGAGGAGAGGACUCUGAAACAUGGUGGAAGUCACCUGGAGGUUGGAGAUGAAAGGUGCACACACAUGGUGGUGGAGGAGAACUCAGUCAAGGAGCUGCCGUUUACUCCCUCCAAGAAGCUCUUUGUGGUCAAACAGGAGUGGUUCUGGGGAAGCAUUCAGAUGGACGCUCGAGCCGGAGAGUCCAUGUACCUCUACGAGAAGAACGACAGCCCAGCCAUGAAGAAAGCCGUGUCCCUGCUGUCCCUCACCACCCCCAACAGCAACCGCAAGCGCCGCCGUCUGAGGGACACGCUGGCCCAGCUCACCAAGGAGACUGAGAUCUCCCCCUUUCCUCCUCCACGCAAAAGGCCCUCAGCAGAGCACUCCAUGUCCAUUGGCUCUCUGCUCGACAUCUCCAACACCCCUGAGACAUGCAAGGUCUUGACAGAGAGUUCGAAGCCAUCCAAGAGUUCGACUCCAGUUCUUUCCAAGCAGUCAGCCAGGUGGCAGGUCUCCAAGGAGCUCUACCAGACUGAGAGCAACUACGUAGACAUUCUGAGCACCAUCCUACAGCUUUUCAAGCUCCCACUGGAGAAAGAGGGGCAGGUCGGGGGACCCAUCCUGGCGCAAGAAGAAAUGAAGACGAUAUUUGGCAGCAUUCCAGACAUCUAUGAGGUCCACACCAGAAUAAAGAGUGACCUCGAGGAGCUCCUGUCAGACUGGUCAGAAGGCCGCAGUGUUGGAAACAUCAUCCUCAAAUAUUCCAGAGAGCUGGUAAAGGCCUACCCCCCAUUCGUCAACUUCUUUGAAAUGAGCAAGGAGACCAUUGUUCGGUGUGAGAAACAAAAGCCACGCUUCCAUGCAUUCCUCAAGAUCAACCAGGCCAAGCCGGAGUGUGGCCGGCAAACGCUGGCGGAGCUGCUCAUCAGACCGGUGCAGAGGCUGCCCAGUGUGGCUCUGCUGCUUAACGACAUAAAGAAACACACAUCAGAUGACAACCCAGACAAGAUAACGCUGGAGAAAGCAAUCGAGUCUCUGAAAGAAGUCAUGACUCACAUUAAUGAGGACAAGAGGAAGACCGAGGGCCAGAAGCAGAUCUUUGAUGUUGUUUAUGAAGUCGACGGCUGUCCGGCCAACUUGCUGUCCUCCCAUCGCAGCCUUGUUUACCGAGUAGAGACCAUCGCUCUGGGAGACCAGCCGUGUGACCGUGGAGAGCAUGUGACGCUGUUCCUCUUCAACGACUGCCUCGAGAUUGCGAGGAAGAGACACAAGGUGAUCAAUACAUUUAAGAGCCCGCUGGGACAAACGCGACCGCCGCCCCCGCUGAAGCACAUCGCCCUGAUGCCACUGUCUCAGAUCCGAAGAGUGCUGGACCUGCAGGACACCGAGGAGUGUGUGAAUGCCUUCGCCUUGGUGGUUCGCCCUCCGACUGAACAGGAGAACUUGUUGUUCAGCUUCCAGCUGACUGGAGAGGAAACGGUUAAAAGCGCCUGGCUGCGAACACUUUGCCGCCAUGUCGCCAACACCAUCUGCAGGGCUGACGCGGAGGACCUUAUUCAGUGUACAGACCCAGACUCACUGCAGGUCAGCACCAAGGAUAUGGACAGCACGCUGAGCAAGGCCUCCAGGGCCAUCAAGAAGACCUCCAAAAAGGUGACCAGAGUGUUUUCUUUCACCAAGACGCCAAAGCGUGUGAUCCAGAGAGCCUUCCUGGCCAACAGCACUCCCGAUGAGAAAAGCCAGAGGCUGAGUAUUGAGAACCGCGUCGGCAGCAGUUCUACGCUCGCUGCACGCCAUUCGCCUUCCAUGGUCAAUCUGCCUUCCAUGUUUGAGAGGAGGUACCACACGUUCAGUCAUUCCAGCAGCCACCUCAUCUGAAGCCCGCUGCCUGUGAGCACCAGCAGGGGGCGCCCUUGUCUCCUGUGCCUCUGCUGCCCCUAACAGUAAGACUUGACCAACAGGUCUGUGUGUAUAAAGUCAAAGCUGCCUGUAAAGUACGGCAGACCUGCAUCUGUCAGUACCGGAGCCCUGCACGGACUUCCAGAUCCAGAUAAAACGGCAUUUAGCUGCAUUUGGAAGGAUGCAUUGACAGUAGGGUCGUGUGGCGCUAUCGGACCUGUCCAGCUACUGUUGGAGCUCAUCAGGUGGAAACUGGACCAGCCGCUGGUCAUCCUGAAACCUUCCAGGAUGUAUUUGGCUGGAGCUGAUGUGCUGCUGAGAACCUGCGAGGAACAGAUUCUCCAACUGACGGGUGGUUCAGUGCAUCUUUCCAAACAUGCUUGAAUUGAGACUGGUACCAAACUGGACGAUACUGGACCGUGCUGAGGCUGCAGGUGAUUCUAGUAAGGUUUAGCCGUACCUAAAAAAAAAUAAAUAAAUGAAGGAUGCUGUGUUUGUGCGAAGCUGCUCAUUGGUCACCUCGGCAGCUGGUUCUCUUUAAUGUCCGUUCCAGUUUGUGUUCUGAUCCGUUAACAUGUAAUCUGUCCCCACAUGGAUGCUGGUUCUGUUUCCCUGCGCUUUGCUAGAGUAAAUUAAUGUUUAAAUUCAAGGUUGAAGGUUUUUCUCUUUAACAAAUGAACCUGGUUGAGCUUUCUGUCUGAUGACCUCGUUAGCGGUGACGUUAGCGGUGACGUUAGCGGUGACGUUAGCGCCCUCUGCUCUCACCCAGAAGCCUUUACUGACAGCGGAUGUGUUUUAUUGUAGACUUCAUGUGAUAUAAUUAUAGGACUUCUAAUUAACCAGCCCUCUUCAUGUAACCUUAUGGUAGUCUUCAGCUUUUAUAAAGCUUAUAUUUUAACACUUAAGAGAUUCUGUUGUGAAGAUUAAAAGCAGUUGUGCUCCUCUUGCUGUCUGUUUUAAAUGCUUUUACUUUGAUCUGUGUGUGUUGAAGGGAUGCUGCAUCACUGUACAUAUUUAUUCUUGAUCAAUACAUUAAUACCUGUUUUGUUUUUUUCUCUGUUGCUAUUUAAGUUUGUUCCACUUUUAUAUGUCGUUCCGUUGAUGUUCUUUUCACUGAGCUUCUUUGUCUGUAGUCGUUGUAUCUCUAUAUAUUAAAUGCACUUAAACAUCCA